GCCUGAGAGCAAGGCGGGCAACUUCAGAGCUUUGCCUUACACUGUAAGGCUUACAGUAUAGCUGCUUUGUUUAUCUCCACUGGCUGUUCUUCGAUACAUCUGGCGGUUCUUUGAGAAAGAGCAGCUGAGGGACUGCGGAGCAGAAAAUUGUUCUGUGACACCAUCUUUGCAGUGCAGUGAGGAUCUUGUGUACAGUGUAAGCAUGGGGUCGUGCUGGUGGGGGCCUCUGGCCAUCCUCCUGGCCAUGAUGUCAUCAUCAUUGUCAUGGGCCUCCAGGGAUCGAGAGUGGGCUAACCACGGGGCGUCCAUGUUCGCCGACCUCACCCCUCGCGAGAUGCGCGCCGUCCGGGACUUCCUGCACGAGCAAAAGGAGCUGGGCCUGACCCUGGCCAAGAGUGCGGCCCUCAGCAAGAACAGCAUCCUGCUCAUGGAGCUUCACGUGCCCCGCAAGCACGAGGCCCUCCGUGCCCUGGACCGAGGCCAGGCCAAGCCCCCUAGGCAGGCGCGGGUGGUGGUGCAGUUCGGCAACCAGGCCCAGCCCAACAUCACGGAGUACAUCGUGGGGCCUCUGCCCUUCCCCAAGUCCUUCGAGGUCAAGACCUUCAAAGGCGGCCGGCCGAUCCCUUUCGAGUCGAGACCCAUCACCACGGUGGAGUACGACCACCUAGUCAAGGUGUUGGAACGCGUGGCGGAGAAGGCUCGGCGACUUCUCCACGAGACCUCGGGCUUCACGUUCACCGACUGCGGGGACCGCUGCCUGACCUUCUCGGACAUCGCGCCGCGAGGGCUGGCCGCCGGUGAGCGCCGCACCUGGGUCAUGCUGCAGAAGUUCGUGGAGGGCUACUUCAUCCACCCUGUGGGCCUCGAAGUGCUCAUCAACCACCGCGACCUGGAUCCUACCAAAUGGACCGUGGACAAGGUGUGGUACAACAGCCAGUAUUUCGACAGUGUCGAAGAGCUGAUGGAGGGGUACGACAAGGGCACCGUGGAGAAGGUCAAGCUUCCAGAGCACGACCCCAACGACCUCUACUCGACCUUCAUUCCCCGGGGUCGUUCGAACACGCCUAGCAACAUACACGGACCUAAGCUGGUGGAGCCGCAGGGGCCGCGCUACCACGUGGACGGGAACUUUGUGGAGUACGCCGGCUGGUCUUUCGCGUUCCGCGUCCGCUCCUCUGCGGGACUGGCGAUCUUUGACCUGCGCUUCAAUGGCGAGAGGGUGGCUUAUGAAGUCAGUUUGCAGGAAGCUGUCGCCUUCUACUCGGGCGAUACCCCGGCUGCCAUGCAGACCAAGUACAUUGACGCCGGCUGGGCCAUGGGAACGUCCGACUUUGAACUCGCGCCCGGCAUAGACUGCCCAGAGAUCGCCACCUUCAAGGACAUGUACCACUACUACGACACAGACAAGCCGGUGCGCUUCCGCAACGCGCUCUGCAUCUUCGAGAUGACCACGGCCAUGCCGCUCAGGAGGCAUUUCAACAGCGACUUCAAGGGAGGCUACAACUUCUUUGCCGGCCUUGAGAACCACGUGCUGGUGAUAAGGACUACCUCCACCGUGUACAACUACGACUACAUCUGGGACUUCCACUUCUACCAGAACGGCGUGAUGGAGGCCAGAGUCAGUGCCACUGGAUACAUCCACGCUACCUUCUUCACGCCCAACGGCCUGAACUAUGGCACCAAGGUCUACAGCUAUGUACUGGGCAACCUGCACACCCACCUCAUCCACUACAAAGUAGACCUGGACAUUGCUGGACGGGAAAACAACUUUGAAUCUAUCGACCUGAAGUUUGUGAACGUGUCCAACCCAUGGAGUCCCGGGCACGUCUACCAGCAGGCCGCCCUGUUCAAGACGCAACACGAGACGGAGCGCAGUGCCGCCUUCCGAUUCGGGAAGAAGUUCCCACGCUACGUACACUUCUACAACCCCCACCGGGAGAACAAGUGGGGGCAUAAGAAGGGCUACCGCAUCCAGUUCAACUCCCACGGCCGCAGCGUCCUGCCCAAGGGAUGGAAGGAGGAGAAUGGCAUCAGCUGGUCAAGAUAUCCUUUGGCAGUGACAAGGCACAAGGACAGCGAAGCCCAAAGCAGCAGCAUAUACACACAGAACAACCCGUGGGAGCCCACCGUGUCCUUUGAAGACUACAUCCGCAAUAACGAGAACAUCACAGAGCAAGACCUGGUCGCCUGGGUAACGGUCGGUUUCCUGCACGUGCCUCACUCCGAAGACAUCCCGAACACUGCGACGCCCGGCAACGCGGUCGGCUUCUUCCUGCGACCUUACAACUUCUUCGACGAGGACCCGUCGCUCGCGUCGCGGAGCACGAUCAUCGUGCGGCCGGGUCCAGACGGCCAACCCAAGAUCCAGAGGUGGACUCCAGAGGUGGUCGGUCACUGUGUCACGGAAAAGCCGUUCACGUACAACGGCACGUACGCUGGAGUGUGACACUAUCAAUGACACUCAUUUGUGGUGCUACCUAAUGGACCAACAUUGUUUUGUUUAUUCAUGUAAAUAGUAAGUGGUCCGUGAGAGUUGCAGUGAAAUUCGAAGCAUAUUCGGGCACAUAUCACAUCUCCACACAUAAACAAAUAAGCCUCUUGGUUCCAAUACUGAGAGUAACAGUGAUUUCACCCCUCAGACAAUUACUGGAAUUUCAUGAAAUCAUAUUCGAAACAUAAUAACAAAUAAAUCAAUUCAGCUGGGAUUGAUCACUCUGGGUUUCUUUUUAAUGCACUGUGGCCAAAAAAGCCUCUCCAACAUCUAAAUCACAGCAAUGUGUCUCCUGACAACUGGUGUCAUAACUGUCUUAUGAGCGAAGUGGGGAGCUGGGACUGAGGUUUUAGCGCUUGACGUGAGCAGUCUCCAUGGGCCAGACUUAACACCUCGGAGCAUCCAGGAUGCAGGAACCAGGAUCCGCCUGCCUCCCUGCCUAUUUUCCCCCUGUGAGCUUAGCUUUGGGGCCGGAAUCGUUUGGGAAGGUCUGUGUGCUGUGCUGUGCCGGGAACGCUUUAGCCUCACCACGGACACGGGGCUAUCUGUAAACAAUGUGCUACUGCUGCAUCCGGAUCUCCAGGCAAACAGUCCAGGAUUUUUACCUGGGUGGUUACCCAGGGAGACCAGCCAGGGCCUUUAAUGUUUGACAGUG